GAGUUCAGUGUUGGAAGUUGCACAGUAGUGUAGAUUUUUUUCAAAAUGGCCUCACCAAGCUUUCCGGUACACAUGGUCACGCUUGGGACAUAGUGAUGUGCAUGUAACAUUUUAUAAUUGUGAAAAAUAAAUAGGAAGUCUAAAAUUAUGGCUACAAAACUUUAUGUUUUGUAUGAACAUGCUGCAGGCUAUGCCCUGUUCAGUGUGAAGGAAUUUGAAGAAGUUGGAAUGCUACUUCCUCAAGUUGAGGCAUCUGUAACAGACUUGGCUCGGUUCAAUGGAGUUGUAAAACUUGUUGCUUUUUCACCAUUUAAAACAGCUCUUGCAGCUUUGGAGAAUAUAAAUAGUAUUUCUGAGGGUAUAGUUCCAGAGGAUCUGCAGCUUUUCUUAGAUUCCAGUGUUCCAAAAGCUGGAAAGAAACAGAAGAUUGUUCUUGGUAUAUCUGAUCCAAAACUUGGUGCAAGUAUUACUGAAACACUGAACAUAAAAUGUGACCAUACUGGUGCUGUUCCUGAAAUUAUUCGAGGAAUACGAUUUCAUUUCCAUAAUUUGGUAAAAGGAUUCACUUCUAAGAGCUCAGGGAUUGCACAGCUUGGUCUUGGUCAUAGUUAUUCUCGAGCCAAAGUCAAGUUCAAUGUGAACCGCGUGGAUAAUAUGAUUAUUCAGAGUAUUGCCUUGCUGGAUCAAUUAGACAAAGACGUUAAUACUUUUAGCAUGCGUAUACGUGAAUGGUACAGUUAUCACUUCCCAGAACUUGUGAAAAUCGUACCAGAAAAUUACAUGUACGCCAAGGUUGCGCAGUUUAUUAAAAAUCGCAAAGAACUUAACAAUGAAAAGUUGGAGGCGUUAGAAGAGAUUGUAAUGGAUACAGCCAAAGCUCAGGCUAUUAUCGACGCAUCAAAAUCGUCAAUGGGGAUGGACAUAAGUCCUGUGGAUCUCUUAAACAUCGAGAUGUUUGCUGGUCGUGUAAUCGCUUUGGCUGACUAUAGAAAACAACUUGCAGAAUAUCUACGAGCAAAAAUGGCCGGUGUUGCUCCAAACUUAGCCACACUGAUUGGAGAUCAAGUUGGCGCAAGACUCAUUGCUCAUGCCGGUUCAUUAACGAAUUUAGCCAAAUACCCUGCAUCCACUGUACAAAUCCUUGGAGCUGAAAAGGCUCUAUUCAGAGCACUAAAAACUCGAGGAAAUACUCCAAAAUAUGGAUUGUUGUUCCAUUCGACAUUCAUCGGCCGAGCGGGUACAAAAAAUAAGGGUAGAAUUUCAAGAUACUUGGCUAACAAAUGUUCAAUUGCAUCCAGAAUUGAUUGUUUCGCUGAUACACCUACGAAUGUUUUUGGUGAGAAAUUGCGUCAACAAGUCGAGGACAGACUGAAGUUUUAUGAGACCGGAGAUAUUCCGAAAAAGAAUAUUGACGUGAUGAAGGAAGCAAUAGAGGAAGCUGCAACCGUUAUAGCUAGCAUAGAGGAGGAAUCUCCGAAGAAAAAGAAGAAGAAAGAUAAAAAGCGAAAGAGUGAAGUGCUAGAAAAUGGAAAGUCGAAUGGAGUAUCUGAAGAUGCACCUGCAGAGCCAGAAAACAAUGAAGAGGUUCCAAAGAAAAAGAAGAAGAAGAAGAAGUCCAAAAUUAAUGUACUUCAAGAUAAAAACAUGUGAAUUUAGUGAAUAUAAAAUCAAUAUUUCCGAGGUAUAUAUUGAACCUAAAUGAAUACGAAAUCAACAACUGUGCAACAAAAGAAUCUGCAUUAAACUUAAAAUGUUACUAGUUCAGUACGUUUUCCAUUAUAUUUCAAAUAACAGUGAUCCAUUUAGUAGCAUUUCAAUACUUCAAAUCAUUCAAGGUCUUCGCAAUAUUUGAAACAAGGGAGAAUGUAUAUUAAUUAUUAAGUAAUAAACAGAUGCGUAAAGCAAAAA